ACUGGCCUCAGACGCGUUCGGAUCGUGUAGUAAACGAGAAGUGCGGUGUGAUCAUCAAUAAAAAGAAAAAAAAUCCGAUCGAGCGAGACAGAUAAUAAAUUUUCAAAAAAGAAAAUGUUAUUAUGUGAGUGAAAAAAUCGAAUAAAAACAAGAUAUAAAAUAAAACAUUUGUUGUGAUGCGAGCGGCCGUCGUCACCACGAUGGAAGUGACGCCGCACCUGAAGACGGUACUGAAAAGUUACCAGCAUAGCGCGACGAAGAGUCUCCAGGGUCCCGGACACGCUGACCUCCAAAACGUUAUAGUCCCGGAUGAUGAAGAGGACGACGAUAAAGACGAGGAUGAUUUCGGUCGGGAUUCCCCGCAGCACGAUUUUCUCCCAGCCCCAAGUGCACCGGUGAUACAUCACCAGAUCCCGAUAUUAUCCGUCGCGGAUACCACUUGCAGCGAGGUCACCGAGACGAUCCUCGAAGGUGAAACGAUCGCGUGUUUCGAUAUCGGCGGAGAGAUGCGUUUGUGUUUGCCGCAAGUGUUAAAUUCGGUGUUAAGAGACUUCGAUUUGUUACAAAUAAACAUGGAGUGCGAUUCGUUGAAUAUUUAUUGUUCGCGGUGUACCCCGGAGCAACUCAACGUGUUAAAAAACCAAGGAAUCUUGCCGAGUGCCGCGUACAGUUGCGGAUUGAUAAGGAAAACGGACGCGCAAAGGCUGUGCAGUGCCUUAUUGAGGAACGCGAUGGUGCCGUUAAGGGCGCCCCCGAAAGGGGCCUUUGGUUUUCGCGUUUAUCACGAGUGUUUCGGGCGAUGUUCAGGUUUGUGUUAUCCAGAUCUGUACGUGGAUAGAGACGCAAAGUGUAUUGAGUGUUUGGAGUGUCACGGGGCGUUUUCGCCCCAACAGUUCGUUUGUCACGUGCACCGACAGUUGGAGAUACGAACUCUUCAUUGGGGAUUUGAUAGCGGCUCGUGGAGGAAUUAUACCUAUAUUUGUACCGAUCAAAUUGAUCACGAACGGUACGUUAAGUUUUUGGACGAUAUGCGGGACCAAUAUUUGGGGAAGAUGCCGCAUCCGGUUCCCGCUACAGAUGUUGUUCUUGUUGACCAUCAUACCACCACGAAUGGGUUGAAAAGGAAGCAGAUGCAUUCGAACGUUCCAGAAUUAAAAUUAGAAGAGAUUUCGCUCAAGAAACACAUCCUCGACGAUUACGUAUUUUCAAUGCCGUUAAUGGAAACGCACGUUUAUCAUUGUUUGCAUCCGAGAUCAGCUUUUAAACCGAUACAGAAGGAUUUGGUUAAAUUAAAAACGAAUAAAUACGAGAAUUUAUUGCAAUAUCAAACCCGAGAUGAUUUCAAAAACGAUUUUAAGCGACAAUACAAAGGAGAUUUUAAAUCGAGUUAUCAACCAAACGUGAGUUUGGCACCUCCACCUAAAAAGUACCGCUAUUUAAAACAACUCAAUAAUAAUAACGAGGAAGUGAAUAAAAUAAACGAUUUAAACGAAAACAAUGUUAGUUCAACGAAAGAGAACGGUUUUUCGAAAGAAAUUUCGGUGAUUAAGCACGAAAAAGAUUUGGAUAGGUCGCCUGAUUCGCAAAAUUUAAUCGAUUCGACCGUUUCCGUUGUGGUACAAUCAAAUUUGAAUAGUAAUAAUCGUUAUAAUUCGGAAAUUGAGCUUUCGACAGAUACGGAAGAUUCAGGGUCUGAGUUAGAAACAAAAACGUUGAUUAAUUAUGGACCAAAUUGCGAGGAAUUAAGUGAAAUAUUAAAAACGGUCGAUGAUGUUAUUAGAAAUCAAGUUUUUGAGAUUUUUGCGAAAUUAAAUGGGAAAUAUGAGGAAAAAAUUAAAUUAAUUCAAAGCAAAGAUGAACGUAUUGAGGAAUUAACGCGAAAAGUCGAGGUUUUAGAGAAUGAAAUUAAAAAUAAUGAUAAAGAAGUGGUUGAGGAAAAAGUUGUGGAGAACGAUGAUGAUUUAAUUAUUAAGGAAGAAGAUGAGAAAGUGGAUGAAGAAAAUGAAAAUCGUGAUGAGGAGAAAUUAAUUGAAUCUAAAGAAGAAAUAAAAAUAGAGAAUGUGGAAGAUAUUGAUAAUGAGAAAGAUGUUGAAGAUAACCAAAGAGAAUUAAAUCAGCCAUCGAAAGAGAUUGAGGAUAUAGAAAAAACUGCUCCUGAGUGAGAAUUAAGAAAAGGGGUUAUCGUGUUGCGAUAAUCUCUACUGAUUAAUUUAAUUUUUUUUGUACAAAUCUUUAAUUCGAAAAAAGGGAAAUUAUUAAAUUGGGGCUGUGUAUAUAGAAAAAGGGGAAAAAUGAUUUUGAGACUCGAAUAAUAAUGGAAGGGGCUCAAAAUAAUUUUUUUAAAAGAGACUCUAAAGAUUGUUGUUAUAAACGUUGCUUGUUUUUUAAUUUAUAUUCAGACUUUUAUCGUUAAGAAGUUAUUUAUAUUAUUAUUGUAUAAUUAAUUAAUUAAUAUAUAAAAAAAACUACUAUUGAAAAAGGAGGAAAGUACAAACUUGCUAUUAUGUAAAUUAAUAUUGUAUAAAAUACGAUUGAUAUAAAAAAAAAUUAAUUUUAAAUUUUCUUUGUUAAAAUCGAUCUCGAUGACAUUUAUGUCAAAUUUAGUGACAGUUCGAAAAACGUUCAUUAUUAUUGCGAUUAUUAUAGAUCAUCAAUAUUAUUAUAAUCAUUUAUUGUCACUCUUUAAUUUUAUGAAUAAUUCUAAUUGAUUAUUAUUAAAUUAAUUAA